AUGGCGAUCGAUUUGGGGUCUGAUUCGAUGAAGAUCGCAGUUGUGUUGCCAAAGGUUCCCAUGGAAGUCGCUCUCGAUGGGCGUGCUCAGCGGAAAACACCGGUAGCCGUGGGAUUCAGGGAUGGUGAACGACUAUUCGGCGCAGAUGCCAUAAAUGUGGCAUCUAUGCGUCCAGCCUACGUGUACCAAAGUAUUUCCUCCAUAAUCGGAAAGCAUAUAGACCACCCGACAGUACAGCUUUAUCGACAGCGAUAUCCUUAUCACAAUCUAACGUAUGACGAGCUCACUGGUCAGUUGAUAUUCCACCAUCCGGAGGGAAUGUCCUUCACGGUUGAGGAGCUCUUGGCAAUGCUUCUUGAAUAUGCUCGUGAUAUCGCAGAAAGCCACUCAGAAGCGACGAUCAAAACUUGCGUUUUGACCGUUCCUAGCUUUUACGGUCUGAAUGAACGUGAGAGCCUAAUUCGCGCAGUCCGCAUUGCGGGGUUAGAGCUUCAACAACUAAUUAAUGUGAACACGGCAGUGGCUCUCGAUUUCGGUAUUUCCCGACGCAAAUCGUUCAAUGAAUCGUCGCAGUUUUUCAUGUUUUUUGAUGUGGGCUACACCAGUACCACCGCCACAGUCGUCUCCUAUCACGUGGGGAAGCAUCAUCAAGGUGGAGUAUCUGCACAAGAUCCUAUUCUGACCAUUUUGGGUGUGGGAUCUGCCCCCAAUCUGGGAACCUCCUCGUUGAUCUACCGUAUAAGAGAUUACUUUGCCGAAUCUUUCAGCGAAUCAACUGCGAUUCCUUUGUCUAUCGUACGGGAGAACGCCCGAGUUAUGUCUCGCAUUUCCAGGGAGGCUGUUCGCGUAUUGAACGUUCUGAGCGCAAAUACCGAGGCAGAUGCACAGAUUGAACAACUGUUGAACGAGAAAGACUUCCGGUUGCAUAUCACUCGGGAGCAGAUGGAAACGCUUUGCAAGAUGGAAUUCGAUGCUUUUGCCAAACCGUUCUCUGAUGCUUUGACAGGAUCGGGUGUUGAUCUCUCAGUGAUCCAGGAUAUCGUUUUGAUGGGUGGUGGUACUCGUAUUCCUAAAGUGCAAGAAAUUCUCAUGAGUUUAGGUAAACGGUACGGUUCGUUUGCUUCGUGCUACUUCAUGUGCUUUUGA